AUGAUGUUUUCCGUCUACAUGAUCAUCGCUGUCCUGGCGGCAGAAGCUCUGACAAAAGGCUCUAUUGAAUGUAAUUUCCUUCAGUGUAAUGGAACUUGUCAGUGUCGUGCAGCAGCAGGACAGCCGCUGAUCUUUCAUCUGACAAAUAAAGUAGAUACUUCCCUUAUUUUGAUGAAGGACGACAAGGACAGGAUUUUAAAAAGAGAAACGCGUGGAAAGACAGUUAAAAUAUCUGAUGAAUACAAAAAAGAGUUUGAAGACUUAAACAAUGGAAAAGUCAAACUCAGAAAUGCUGCAAAGAAACACUCUGGAAAUUACCUGCUGGAAGAACAUGGAUCUGAUGGAGUUUUACAGAGAAAUGUCACUGUACAUCUGGAAGUACAAGCUCCUGCGUCUAAACCAGCCGUGUCUCAGACGUGUUUGUCAUCAGAGCAGAUGAAGGUCAGCUGCUCCUCUGAGGGAGAUAGAAUCGAGUCCACUCUGACCUUGGACGGUCAGUUUCUGAUUCAAACCAGAGACCAAAGACAAUCACUGAGCAGCUGGCUAGACACCAAAUCCAGUGUUUGGAGUGUAAGCAUUAACUUAUACGGCCAGCUGACUGGAAACUUGAAGUGUGAGGUUAAGAACAACGUCAGCAGAGAUGAAACGGUUCUUCGUCUGGAAGCUUGUAAAGAUGUUUCCACCUUUGUCGUCGUGGCUGUAACAGUCAGUGCUGUCAUGCUCCUUCUUUUUGUGGCUUUGUGUCUUUAUAUAUAUCAUCGUAAAACAAUGAGACCCACACCUGUCAAUGUCGAUCGUUCUGAGGAUGAAAUUGUCUACACAGAUGUUCAAAUCAGAGGAAACACAAGAAAAGACGAAGACGACCAACCCCAGAACGCAACAUGAUUUUAUUCCUACAACAUUGUUAGUGUCUGUUUUAUCGUGUUAACUUGAAUUUUCAAUUUUCUAAGUUUGGAUAUUAAUAAAAUGUUUGCACUGACAAAUCCAUGAAACUAAAUCAUCCCUCAGGUAACUUAGAGCUGAAGGCCUGUUAGCGUUUCUGUUUCUGUUUUUUUUAGCGUUAAGAUGAAAGCAAAAUUACUCAAAUGUAAAAAUCUUCUUAUUCAUUUAAUACUAUUUACUAUUACUAUUUAAUACUAUUUACUGAAUUCCUACUGUCAUGUCAAAGGCACUGACACGAUAACCUCCUGUCCCUUCGUAUAUUAGUCAGUAAGAAACUUAGACAUUUUAUUUUGUGUGUGUAUGCAGCAAAAAUACAGUCUUGUGCUGCGUAGCCAGACGUUUAGUUUACUUACAAUUCAACUUGAGAUGUGCUGGGACUGAAGAAUGUAGCCUUGAGAUGGAAGGAAGGCUGGAGCGUAUGGGUCAGCUCUUGACCUUGUAACAGAUUCAC